GAAUGGUAGAAUUAGAGUUAUGUCACGUGACCAGCGUACCAGCGUGCUGCCAAUGUGUCAGACAAUAUCAAAAGUCUGUACAGUGGAGUUAAUAAAACAAUGUUGUCGUUUGAAGACCUGAUGACAAGUUUGCAAGACUGUGUGAUCACCGAGGAUCAAGCCCCUGAAAAUGUUAGCCAAACACUCAGGCUCUUUAUUGAUAAACUGUCUGAAUCCUCCAGGAGUACUGUGAAAAGAUGUAAGGAGCGAUGUUUAGAGGAGGCUUUCCAGUUGCUGAGACAUAUUCCAGAGGCACAGCUUCAUGUUUUAGAGGAGAGCCAUCUCCUGCUCCUUGUCAGAUUCUUCAUCUCCAUGCAGCUGCAGAUGGUCAACAUCUCCACAGCCUGUCGCAAAGUGGACCAGAUGUUGCAACAUUUGGCAAAGGUGGACCACUCAUUGGUUUUUAGAGAAACCCAUCGCUGUUUGCACACCAUAGUCCAAUCUGACCAGAUAUUGUCUUUUGAGGAUCUGCAGAGAGCCUGCAUGUUCCUGGAAGACAGCACUGUUGGUCGUGAAGUGUGGCGGGAGUCAUACCUGUCUUUGCUGAUGAAAGUCUCCGAGUUAUUCCCUGUUGUAUUGAAACAAGAAUCCCUGAGAGACGGGCCGCUGUGUUACAUUGCUGUCAAGGUGUGUUUGCAAAUAUUUCAGCUGUUGUCCAGUGAAGUUGCUCCUCUAGUGUGGGACAAGGAGCACGGGGGACCAACAGUGCAGACGAUCCUGCAGGCUCUUAUGGACAUUAUACUUGGACAGUGCUACAACAGGGACACUCGUCUUUUGGCAGGCACUGCUGUGGCCAUGCUAAUCAACACAGCACCAGAGAGCAGAGCUGGAGAAGCUGCUGCCUGGAGUCUGCUACAGGUCUCUCACUUAGAGCCCUGGCUGCUGACAGUUGGUGCUCUCCAGGUACAGUGCAACCCUACAAGGAAGGACAGAGUGGACAGGCUGGCUGUGAGCAGGGGCCUCCUGACCUGCUGUCGACCUCACAUCAUGCUCAGUUCACACGUGGAUGCCACAGAAAUGUGUUUACUGCUGAAAGGUUUGUUUCCUCUGGUCUAUGCUUUGUGUGAGGAGAAGCUGGAUUGUCACUACUUUGCCUUCGAAGUAUUAACACUAUGGCUGAAGAAAGUUAAAGAAUGCCUGGCUGAUAUCUGGAAGAUGACAGGCGUUCGCCUUCUGCCUGACAACAGCAACCUGCAGCAAGAGCUCAUUCUCAUUAUCUGGACCAAUGCAGAAAGCCCAGUGGAAGGUGUGUCAGACUUUGUGCGCAGUGCCUUUUGUUUGCUGCUGGACAUCUAUGAGAUGGACUGUGAGCAGUUUUGUGACACAAAGAAGACUCUUUUUUUUACUCUACUUCAGCGAAUAAUCAAACUACCUUGGGAAGCCAAAGCCAAAUAUCAUCGCCUUUGUGCCCUACUGCCAUAUCUGGGUACUGAUAUGGUGCUGGAUCAAUAUGCUGAAAUACCCAAUCAUCUCCUGAAGUGCUUGUCAACCAAUCACCUGUCGCCAUGUGGAUCAGAGCUUUACAAGUGUCUGAUCCAGCAGCAGAGGCGAGAGCUGUGUGAUGGCUCACAAAAGUCUGCUUCACCCCCUGAGCUGGAUCUGGCCAAUCAGUGGGCGAGGCGUUGGCGGCCCGUGCUUCAUGAGGCGCUGACGUCUGAUGUGACUCUUCUACAGAACAACAGCUCAACACACUUAUUACCCUGCACCUUUCACGUCUUCCCCUCUGCUGUGCAUCCUCUGCUGGCCUCUCUGGACCCCUUCGCCCCUGGCCACCUCCACGCCUGGGCCUGCAUUAUGAGCUCCUAUCGAGCCGUGACUGGAGGCUCUCCCUGGGCUCUGCAGGGGAGCUCAACCCUUGAAACCCUCCAGCUAGCUCUCGGAUCUGCAGAUGACAAAGUCCGUCUUGCUGCUCUCAACCUCCUCUGCUGCAGCCCAAAGACCAAAGACACUCCAAUCACCGAGGAGAUGUCAAUAAUGAGGAUGUUUAUUCCUCAGAACCUAAACUGUGAGUCCUCGCCUUUUCGCCAGCAUUUUCAGGCUGGAGUGAAGAAGUUUCUGGUUCGUAUCAGAGACGGCUGCUUGGCACAUGUUAGAGGACAGAAGGGCAAAAAGAAAGGAGAUGCCACCCAUUCAGAGAGGGCACAGGAUAUACUGGAGCAGGGAAUAGGGUUUGUUGAAUGGUUGGGUCAACUUCCAUACAGCUAUCUGGCACCAGGACACAGUUAUCAGAGGAAGAAGACUGCGUUGCUGUUGCUGUCUGCAGUGCUGGAGACCUGCACAGACACCUGGAGCCCAGACAAAAAGAAGGGGCAACCUCCAGCGAAUAUGAGGUCUCUUAUUAACUGUGCCAGACAAAGAGGGCAGUGGGAUUUCGUCUGCAGGACAAAACAGCUGGUCCUUAUCAGCUGUUUAGAAGAUUCUACAAAUGAGAUUCGGGAGCUCUCAGCUGGGUUGUUGUUGAGAUUUUUCCCACCCAGUUUUCCAGAUGAUCUCGCUGCAGUGCUGCUCACGCGAACCAAACAGCUUCUGUGCAGUCCUCGGGUACAGGAGGCUCAGAUGGGAGCACUGAUGAUAAAGGUCCUCCUUCAGAAAUCACAAGACCAGCAUGAGGACUGCAGGCUGAACAGCAACAUUACUGUCAGCAGUGGAAGUAAACCAAAGGCCUCCUGCAUGCUCAAAUUCCUGUUGAAGGAGCUGGAGGAGCACUACCUGACAGCCAAGGCUGACAUGAUGCUUGCUGCCAGGACCAAGCCCAUACACGGUGUUGUAAGUGCUCUUCAGAGGUGUUUGCUUGAGGCACCCAGCAGUGUUUAUGACACACUUGACCACAGUCUGACCACAUUGGUGCUGGGCCUGCUAGAGAAUAUCUCUCUGCUGCUGCUGGGUGUUCUGUAUGGAGACCGGGAUGCUUGUGCCACUGAAAAGGAUGCCCCCCCUUCUUUUUGUGAUAUGGGAAACGCCAUCAGCUCUCUAAUAGCCCAAGCGUCUGGAGGAGACCAAGGGGAUGGAGAGGAGUGUGUCCUGCUAUCUGAAGAGCACAGCCUCGUUCUCACCUGCUGCUGGGUCUCCCUCAAGGAAAUAGGAGUCUUUUUAGGUUCACUGGUGGAGAAAAUUCUCACCGAAUCCAAACCCAGCAAGUGCCUUCUAAAAAAAGGGGAUCUAAUGAAAGCAUCAAAAAUAUUCAAGAAUAUUCUUCUCAAAUGCCGUCACUGGGGGGCAGUAGAGGGAUGCUGUAUAGGCUUCACCAAGUUCUGUGCCUCUCUAUUGAACAGCAAUGAUCCAGAUCUUAGGGAUAUCCCGGCCCACAUGCUGAAACAAGGAUUGCAGGUUGUGCAGUCCCCUCGAUCUACAUCCGUGACCCGGCGGGCUGCAGGGUUGCCUAUGCUCAUCCUGUGUGUCGUGUCAGCAGGGGAGGCCAGUAAAGCAAGACCGCUGUUAGCCCACAGUAUGCAAACCUUACUGGAGACAGCCAAAACCCCUCUACCUGAGAACUGGGACCAAACACUAGACCUGCCACAGGUGUGUGCGGUUCACACUCUGCAGGCCCUGGUGCGUGGUUCAGGUCUGGGAGUAGCUGUCCUUCAGUUUGCUCCUGCUGUUGCCAUGUUGUCACUCACUCUGCUUAGUUCUCCCUGCUGGGCCAUGAGGAAUGCAGCUCUGCAACUUUACAGUUCUCUGUGCUCGCGAAUGCUCGGCCAGCGGCCCAGCAGUGAAGAGGGUGGCCCUACCCAGCAUGGCAUGUCCCCCCUUGCUUUCUUCUUCCACUACCCUGCGCUGCAGCCCUUCCUCCUGGGCGAGCUCAGAGGGGCAGCACAAGACCUCCAGGGUCCAUCUAAUGAGGCCAAGCUACACCUCCAACCCUCGCUCUACCCUGUCCUCACUCUGUUAGCCCAACUACAGCCCGGUGUCCAAGACUCAACAGAAACUUUGUCAGACUUCCUGCCUCCUUUACUCCAGCUGUCUGCCAGUCCUAUUUACAGUGUGAGAGUGAUGGCCUCUAAGGCUUUGGUUGCCAUGACUCCCCCCUCAGAGUACAUGAACAUCCUCAUCAAACUGACGGCUCAACUGCCCAGUCCACAGGAGCGCUGUUGUCACAACGGGCUCCACGGACAACUGCUGCAGAUCAAAGCUAUUCUAGAGAGAGCUCUCUGCACAGACAGUGCCCCUUCAGCUGACCUGUGUGAGGUGCUGAGCAGGGUAGGUGCCUCGCUGUGGUUGGGGACUGAAGCUCAACGCUGCCCCCUAGUGAGAGCGGCCUAUGUCAGGGUGGCACACUCCCUAAGAAGAUUCUGUUGUGAGACCUACCUGUCAAAGCUCAGUGACGCACUCAUGCAUGACCUGCAAACACCUCAACAGGAGCUUCAGGUUGGGUUGUCAUCCCUCCACCAACAAGCCAUCCACUUUCUAUGUGCAGAUCUAAAGUGGGCAUGUCAAAUCUGGGACAACUUCUCUGCAGUGAGCCCUGAUCUGAGGCUCUCAUUGGUUACGUGGGUGGUGGAUGGGCAGGGUUCGCAGCAGACCAGUUUGAAACAGGUGAUCCAGAGGGUGUUGCAGUCAAACCUGAGGGAGGCAUUGUUGAGCCACAGCGUGGAGUACCGCAGAGCCUACCUCGCAGCCCUGGUAGCAGUGAUGGCCGGAGGUGAUUCUACUUUACCACAUCUUCCUCAGUCAGCCCCACUGGAGGAUCAGGUUCUGCCUGAGUGUCUGAAUUUAUUGCUUGGAGACCUGGAGGACCAGCGAGGCGGGCCAGAGUUUCUGUCCCAGGCUCUGUAUGCUGCUAGUCUGCUGCUUUCCCAGUGGUCAGACUCCAGUCUAAAGAUAUCCAUGUUCCAGCGCUGGUGUAGCGUCUUGGAGUGCCAGCGGUCCCCAGAUGCCCCUGAAGUGCUCAGGAUGGCGUGUGCUGAAGCUCUGUGUGUUGGUGGAGUUCCACUACUGAGCCUGAGAGAACACAGCACUCUGCCUGCCAUCAUGAUCAGGUUGAUCAACACAGGUCUGCACUUGCUGCAGGACCAAAGCCAGCAGGUGAGGAUGAAAGCGGCCUGUUUUACCUCCAUGCUGCACCAUGCAAGAAGAGGAAAAAGCCAGAGGAGCGUCUACCUUAUGCAGGUCAACCAGGCUCUGCCACUCCUGCUGGACCUGCUGCUGGAGGAAUGCUGGGAUACUCCAGGCACAUUGGAGGUGCUGCUGUGUAACCUGCCUCCGCCUGACCUCAGAUCUGUGCUGAGAGAGGCUUUCGAGACUGGGUGUUCCAGUCUGUAUGAGCAGGAUGAGGCCAAUGUGUUUGCAGAGCUUUCUGUAAUGUCUGCACAUGUGCUGCCUUACCUGCUGCAGAUGGCUGGAAAAUACUCUGAAUCCUCUGCUUUGGCACAAAGCCUGAGUGCAUGGGCAGAGGCGAGUGCUGCACAGGUGAUAGACAGCCUUGCAGUCUGCAAAGAGCUGCAGCCAGCUGAGACUUUGACCCCGGCCUGGCUGGCUCUCCUCACGGACCCCCGUCAUCACAGCACCCUGUGUGGCCUGUUCACCAGGGCUGCCUUUCUCCUCCGGCUGUUGAAAACAUCUGAUGAUGUACGACACCUUUGUGAUCCUUCAUCCCUGUACAUUAGUUUACAGGAAGUUUGUAGCCUUCUCAGUCAGAACGGUGUCCACUUUCCCUCUGCUGUGACAGCUGCUGUGGCUGGAGAGCUGCCACUAUGACAGUGAGUGCAGGGCUUUUUUCUGUACACUCAAUGAGCAAAGCCUUUUGGCCGUUGAGGCCUGGGAUGAAAUUACCUGUGGAGAUUUCAGGAAUGCUUAUGCCAUCUAAAUGUGCAGCCUUAGUCUUGAACAAGUAUUGCAACUGCUGAUGCUGCAGUACACCAGGCUGACUAAGUUAUGUAAGAGCUCAGUGGCUUCAGUCAGUUGUAUCCAUCAUCAUAUUACCUAUACAGAGAAGAGACCCACUGGGCAUUAGGUCCCAUGUGCACAUGAGGAGGACGGUGUAGCAAAGUAGUUGUUCCUCUGAAGUUCUAGAGGCCUGUUUUUGCUACAACGCUUUUAAAUAAGAGUUUAUAACAUUACAUUUUCUGAAGCUUUAUUCAUUUUUAAAAUAAAGCUUUUUUAUGCAGAGAUACAGCCAGCAGAAUAGCCCCAGGUCAGUCUUUUUGAUCACCAUCCAGAGCAGUGCUCCUUUCCUCUCUUCUAAGUUGUAUGUUUGCCAUGUUUCAGCAGCAAGUGCUCAGACUGAUGCAGUGAUGUAAUGCAACAGCAUCUGGAGAAAUGGGCUGCUUUGUGCCCAGCAGGGGAAUAUAGUGUAUGUUUUAAUGCUCCAUUAGAGGCCUUCUGCCUGGAUAAGUGUCCAUUUUCCAACCACAUGAGGGCUGAAGAUGAUUGACUGGAUCUGAUAGAGAGCUGGCAGUUGCUCCGCAACGGACCACACUAAAGCAGUCUUACAUCAUCAGAUAGCCCACUGCUUUUGUUUGAGAUGGGCGGCUCUCGGUAUUAGACAAACACUGACAUGAAAUGGUUGUCCAUGUUAAUUAAAUGGACAACUUUUAUUUCCUUUUGAUACGGUAUUGUCAGAGGUGAUUAAAUUCUCAAACAAGCUAAUGCUAGAUCAUGAAAGUUGUAGGGAUAAACUGACAUCAACAUUUUUGGACAAACCUUGAAUUAUCUUAUCAAGAAUUCUCCCAAAGUUUGAACUGUGCCACACUUGAUGACACUUGCAGUAUGCAUUUAUUGAUGAAACUGCUGGUGACUGUAUGGCUGUUACCAGACAAAAACAUCAUAUAAUAGCACAGACUGUUUAAAAUACAAAUUGAUGCUUGAACUUUGCUCUACUUCAAGACAAAGGCAAAAAAAAUGUGGCUUGAGCUCUUGACAGCUUGUCAAUAUGCCUGAAAACAGGCACAAUUCUGAUGAAAACACAAUAAUUUUACUUUUUAUUCAUCUAUCAGACUCUCCUUGAUCAAUGUGUGCAAUAUUAUAUCUUCUGCCUCAACCUUGAAAACAAAGUUUGAAAAGUGAGUUUAAAAGCAAGGUUGGAAAUUUCCUGAAGGCAAAGUGUGUAUAAAACUGGAAAAUAACCAUCUGGCUUAAUAAAAGCGUUUGCUAUCGUUACUGAGAGUGCUGAGUCUCUCAGUAAGCCUGCGUCCUGCUAAUUAAAUGAUUAACUAUGGCAACAGGAAACAAGGCCAAGUAAGAACAACCACUUUUAUUGGGUGUGUGUAUGUGUGUACAUGCAUACAGACAUGUGUGCACCAUUUGGAGCAUGAAAGAGUGUUUUUCCACUGUUGUAUCACAAGUAGCCAGCGGGUCCUAGCUUGUCAGGUUAAAAAACCAUCAGUCAAGUGUUUUUUAUUCUUCAAAUGGAAUUAAAGUAACAAUCUUAAUGAAUGAAAUGCUUCUCAAAAGAAGGGUUUUGUCAGUUUAACGGUGUAUUUUGAUUUUUAAACCUUUGCUAUGCUGAAUAUAAUAAAGUGAACUAUUGAGGGUGUUGCAAAAA